AAUAUUUAAAUAACCCUAAAAAAAGAAAGUUUGGAAAAUUUUAACGGAAAGUUCGCCGAAGUCUCGAACCAGUCGCAUCCUCUUCUUUACUCUUUUCCACCUCCGUAGUUCAUUUCUAGCAAAUUUCUCCACCCGCGCGCGCCUUCAGAUUCAGCUUUGAGCAUUGGAAAGAAAAGUUGUUUUAUCCAAUGGAUACGUGCCUAGAUGGAAAGCUAGAAGACUCUAUUGCCCAAAAUCAUAGCUAUACUAUACUUCAACAUGCAGAAGAAAAUCCAAUUGCCAAUGAGUUCGUGAAGUUAUAUCUUAAUGAUCUCAGGGACUUGGCUUAUGAUAUGGAGGACAUACUUGAAGAGUUUGUGAUUGAUGCCAAGAGGUCUAAAUUGAUUGCAAAAUCUAAAGAAAGACCUAGCAAGCGACAAAGAAUCACCUCCAGUGUCAAGAAUUUUUUUACCUCUAAUAAGGCUAAACCCAAUCAAGAGAUUAAUUCCUUGGUGAAGGAUCUGAGUGGUAGAUUGCAAAAAAUUGAUAAUGUGAUGCGAAGUUUAAACCUGACCAAUUUGGCUUUAAAACUUGAAGAUAAGUCUCGCAAAGUGGCUGUAAAAAAAACUACUUGAGUCUUCUCUUCUUGAAGAUAAGGUGUGGGGUUGAGAUUAAGAUAAAGAUGCUAUUCUUCA